UAUUUUGAAAAAUUCAAUGGAUAAAUACAGUUUGAGCGCAUAAAUCAUAGUUAAGUCACUAUUUCUUGUGUGAACUAUUGUUUUAGGUGUUAAAAUUAAUGGAUACACUUGUCAUAUGUGAUGUGAAUUAAGAGCAUCAAAAUCCGUCAGGCGCUUUUGACCAUGAAAUCCAGCAAACGACGUCUUCAGGCGCUCACAGAGAGUUCCGAUGGAAUGCCCAACUUUCUUAAGAUGGAAGAUUCGGAAACAUCAAUACCACCAGUAUUCAGAUCACGUCUACAUGAAUUGUUUUCACAGAUAGAGAAGGAAUUUGACCUUCUCUACACUGAAAAUCUAAACCUACAAGAAAAAAUUGACAUUCUGAGCGAAAAAUUGGAAAGAGAAAGUUUCAUUGGCGACCGUCCAAAUGUGGAAUAUAUUGAGUUUGAAACAUCAGGCAAGAACUCUAAAGUCAAAUUAACCCAGAGCAACUCACAAAAAGUAAAAACGAGUCAUAAGCUGCGCGUGCAAACAAGCAAGAUUGUGUCCAGCUUCAAAGCGCCAACAUACAAUUGCCAGCUAGUGCGGGAGUUUAUGGGACACAAGGAUGGCAUCUGGGACGUGUCGUCGGCGAGGCCUGGGCAAGCGCUUAUUGGAACCGCGUCUGCUGAUCAUACUGCCUGCAUAUGGAGUGUAGAUUGGGGCAAGUGUUUCCUCCAGUACACUGGACAUUCGGGGUCAGUGAACUCCAUCCGUUUCCACCCGAGUCGCGACAUCGCGCUUACCAGUAGUGGCGACAACACUGCUCAUGUGUGGCAGGCUGCUGUUAACUGGGAUUUGCCGCGCGGCCAAUCGUCCGAAGAGGAAUUAGAAGGUGGUGGCGAAGAAAGCUUAGGCGAGGGAGGUGAAAGGCCCGAAGUUCUACGUACGCCUUUGACCGAGCUCGCAGGGCACCAAGGCGUAGUGGUGGCAGCCGAUUGGCUGACUGGUGGUGAUCAUGUCAUCACAGCAUCUUGGGAUCGCACUGCUAAUCUCUAUGAUGUAGAGACUGGAGAUUGCUUACAGAUACUUACUGGUCACGACCACGAGCUGACUCACGCGUCAGCGCACCACAGUUCUCGGCUUGUAGUCACAGCCUCACGGGACACCACCUUCCGCCUGUGGGACUUUCGCGAGCCAAUACACUCCGUCUCCGUUUUUCAAGGACACACUGAGAGUGUGACAUCAGCGGUGUUCACACGUGAGGAUAAAGUCGUCUCCGGAUCUGACGAUCGAUCCGUAAAAGUCUGGGAUGUCCGCAACAUGCGUUCUGCCCUAGCGACUAUUCGGUCUGACUCAUCGGUGAACCGCGUAGGCGUGAGUACGGGUGGCCUGAUCGCCAUCCCUCAUGACAACCGCCAGGUGCGCAUCUUCGACCUGCAAGGGCAGCGGCUGGCGCGGCUUCCGAGGUCCAGCCGACAGGGCCAUCGUCGCAUGGUGACGUCAGUUGCAUGGGCGGAAGACAUAUCUUCAAACAUUAACUUCUUCAGCUGCGGCUUCGACCGCCGGAUCCUCGGCUGGUCUAUCCAGCCUUCAAAGGACAACUGAAUCAUUAACAUAUUGAUGUGUGGUCAAUAUGCUAAUGAGUGUCUUACUGUAUGCAUUAGGAAUUGGUAUAACUUCUAUUAAAACUUUAAAAAAGCGCAAGUUACUGAAGGAUCUAAUCGUACCCAACACACGGCAUUUGGUCGGUACACUCUGAGAUGAAAUCGAAGUCCCAAAAUGUAAACAACUGUAUCUGUCAAAGUGAUAUCUCAUAGAUCAUAAACCUUUUUUCCGGUUCGUUUAUUUACAGGUUCUACUCUUCAUAUACGAGUAAUAACUAUAAUAAUUUAAAAAAACAUUUUUGGUUAAACAUCUUACAUAAGUCUUUAGAAUCACAGUGUCAUAAAAAAAUUUUUCAAUUGAGAAAUGAUAUGAGGAAAUGAGAAGG